AGACGAGGCCGCGCCGGAGCCGCCCCGGGACCCACUUGUCCCCGCCGCCGUGUGCGCGCAGCCGGGGGCCGCAACGCACCGCGCAGCACCGCACCGCUUCCUCCGGAGGCACUCUGAUUACGUGGAAUUAGACGUUGAAUCGAAAGAAUCAUGAGCAACUAUAAUGUGUCCUUGGUUGGCCCGGCUCCCUGGGGCUUUAGACUUCAAGGUGGCAAAGAUUUCAACAUGCCUCUGACCAUCUCAAGCCUUAAAGAUGGUGGCAAGGCGUCUCAAGCGAACGUGAGAAUAGGCGAUGUGGUCGUCAGCGUUGAUGGGAUAAAUGCUGACGGCAUGACCCAUCUUGAAGCCCAGAACAAAAUCAAGAGCUGCACAGGUUCCCUGAACUUGACUCUGCAGAGAGCACCCACUGCCCCAAAGCCAGAUCCUGUUCCAAUCCAGAAGGGGGAGCCGAAGGAAAUAGUUAAGCCAGUGCCCAUCACAUCUCCUGCUCUGUCCAAACCCACCGCCAACGUGGCUUACAAUAAGGUGCCCCGGCCGUUCGGGGCCGUGGUGGCCCCCAAAGUCACAUCCAUCCCAUCGCCAUCGUCCGCCUUCACCCCAGCCCCCGCGACGGUCUCAUCCCACACUUCACCUCCCCCCUUCGCUGCGCCUGGACUGCAUGCCACCCCCAGACCCGGGGCCGACCCACGGCCCCCCGCCUCUGCCGUGGCCUCUAACACCGCAGUUCCUGUCCCACGGCAGCCCACCACUUACGGCGCCACCACCGGCAUGCCCUCUGACGCUGGCCCGGAGGGAGCGGAGGGUCAAGGAAGAGGAACCCAGUGGGCCGCUAAGCAGCAAAAUGGGAAAACCCCUCCUAAACGCCCACCCAGGAAGCACAUUGUGGAGCGGUACACAGAGUUUCAUCACACCCCCACUCCGAGCGACGCAAGUAAGAAGAGAUUGAUUGAGGACACGGAAGACUGGCAUCCGAGGACGGGAACCACUCAGUCUCGCUCGUUCCGAAUCCUGGCCCAGAUCACCGGCACCGAGCACUUGAAAGAAUCGGAAGCUGAUAAUACAAAGAAAACCAAGGAAAAGGUUCCCCUUCACGUCUUUACUCCCAAAUACACAAAAUUACGUGAUUGGCACCAUGAAGUUUCAGCACGUGCCCUUAACGUUCAAUGAGCUGCCACAGCCCGCUCCACCUACGAAACACACCUUUUUGUCUCUUCUCUUUUUUUCAACUGCUUUGCAAUACCUGCCUUUAAUUUGCCUUGCGUUACAGUAGUCUUUUCUAUACUUUUCUAACACUUUCCAACCGAUGUAUAAAGAAUGAGGUUUACUUGUUUCACACUAAUUGGUAGUUAACAAGCAUUCAAAUCCAAAGGAAAUUAUUCUCUCUGCGUGGGUGGAUUUGUUUUUAUGGCCAUCUGACGUACACCCCAAGAAAAGGUUCAUUUUGAUUUUGAGUGUUAGACGGAAGAGGAGAAGGAGCAAAAAAGCAUUGCUCCUCAUUUGGGAGGGGACUUACUUCCCACGACAGUAAUUCUGAGAAUUGUUCUGGAAGUUUGCCACAAUUUCAGCAGGGAUGUUUAGAUGGGAUUGAACAUCAUGGAAAAAGUAUAGAAGUGGGAUAGAGAUGAAAGCCCAAAGGAGGCUACUGGAUUUUUAAGUUUGAUACUUUUCUCACACAUUAAGAUCUCCUCCAAACUUAUUAGGGUGAGAAAAUACGGAGGGUCCCUGGGAGAAGAUAUGAGGGAGCCCCAGAGCCCGAAACAGGAAGUCGAUUCUCAAUGCUUUGCUUCCCAUCUUCUUUUCUCAAUCACCACUCGAGGAAGCAAGUAGCUUUGGCAUGUUUGAGUAGAAUCGAAGGGUUGUGUUCUACCAAAAGGGGUGUUUUUCAGCCGAUGGAUGUGUAAUGCUUUAGCAAGUUUCCACUUAUAGCUAAAGGUGAUACAGAUUCUUAACGAGAUACCAAUUUUUAAAGAGAUGCAGAUUACUUGAUUAAAUAAAAGAAUGAUCAAAUUGUGGUCCCAAGGGAAAAAACCAGGUGAGGUCUUUGACACGGGGAUGUUUAUUACUUCUGAGAUUGCUCCUCCAGAAAGGCCACUGCGUUGGUAUUUAUAGAUACUAAUAAUACUACUUACCAUCCUGUAAUAUAAUGUAUUAUAGUAGUUCUAUAUUCCAUAAGAGAUAUGCUUUUGGAAGUUUGAAAAGUGUUUUAAUAAAAUUGCUUAUAACAUAGUU